GUUAUCUCUGGACUGAAGCUUACAAGAUUAUUUGCUUCAAACCAGAUUCUACCAAGUGAAUGUCUCAGUUGCCUAGUAGAACUCCUUGAGGACACUAAUAUAAGCCCAUCUCUAACCUUGUCUGUGGUUACUUUGCUGUCACAGCUAGCUUUAGACAAUGAGACUAGAGAAGCUCUUCAGGAUACCUACAGUCUGACCAGUGUGCUGGCAGGAGUGGUUCAUCGAAGUUCUACGAACCUUAGUGACCCAGUCUUACUACAGAGUAUUCAGUUGCUGCAGAGGCUAACCUACAAUGUUCCGGUCUUUUGCACUGGUGCCAACAUCGAUGAAUUAAUUUCAUUUCUAAUGCAUCAUGUUCAAUCCACCGAAGAUGAGUUAACGAUACCGUGUUUAGGACUCCUGGCAAAUCUCUGUCGUCACAACUUAUCUAUUCAAACUCAGAUAAAAUCUUUGAAUAAUGUGAAGAGUUUCUAUCGUACCUUAAUAAGUUUCCUGGCCCAUAGUAGUUUGACUAUGGUUGUGUUUGCACUUUCAGUAUUAUCAAGCCUUACUUUAAAUGAGGAAGUAGGAGAAAAACUCUUUCAUGCUCGAAAUAUCCAUCAGACAUUUCAGUUAAUAUUCAAUAUUGUUGUAAAUGGAGACGGUACUCUAACAAGAAAAUACUCUGUUGAUUUACUCAUGGAUCUUCUGAAGAACCCCAAAGUUGCAGAUUAUCUUACCAGGUAUGAGCACUUUACCUCAUGCCUUGGUCAAGUAUUAGAUCUUCUUCAUGGAAGGGAUCCUGAUUCAUCAUCUAAGAUCUUAGAGCUGCUGCUUGCCUUCUGUUCUGUGAUAGAACUGCGUCAUACCCUGCGGCAGGCAAUACUGGAACCAUCUGGCUUGCCAGUCUCUGGAAAUACUAGAUUUGUGACUCGCUCAAAGACUUUUGAACCAUCUGUUGCAUUGGUGCACUUGUCAAACCAACCAUUGGAAGGCUCUGAAGACUGUUCAGUUCUAGCAUUGCAACUAUUCAAAGAGAUUUUUGAGGAUAUUAUUAACAGUGGGAAUAGUGCCUCAGCUGAACACUUUGUGGAUCUUUUGCUGCCUGUUCUUCUUGAUCAUCUUCAGAUGCCGGAACAGAUUGUGGAUGAGCUAUUAGUGAAGAAAAAGUGUGAAAGAGUAGUCAAGGCUAUUAAUGUCCUGACAAUGCUCUGUAGAGAUGACAUACUGAAAAUGCGUACCUCGACGGUACUGACUGCCAGCCAAUGCACCUCUCUAAUAGAACACCAAUUUACCUAUAGUGGGAUUGAUGCUGGUUUGGGGACGAAAGUAGUGGACUCUAAAAUGUGCAAACUUGCUGCUGAUAUUAUUUUGAAAAUGCUUGAUCUUAUGAGCAGACUGAAGCAGGAUGUACCUGGUAUGGAGGUCAGCUUCUACAAAAUUUUACAGGAUCAACGCUUGAUUAUGCCUUUGACGUUUGCUUUAACAUCAGAUCAUAGAGAGCAAGUCCAAGUGGGACUUAGAAUACUGUUUGAGGCUGCACCCUUACCAGAUUUUCCUGCCAUAGUGCUUGGUGAAAGUAUUGCGGCAAAUAACGCUUACAGACAACAAGAAAUGGAGCACGCAUCGAAAAGAAUCCAAAUGCAGUCACCUGUGACCAAUGUUACUUCGGUGAGGAGUUCUUCAUCCUGUCCUUCAAGUGAUGAAUCCACAGCUUCAAAUAUUCAGGAACUAAUACAAAAACUUCAUUCUGGACUAGAGAUGAAGGAGCCGUUCACUGAUAUGAGGAUCUCUGACAUAAUGGAUGUCUAUGAGCAGAAGCUGUCAGCAUUAGCAUCUAAAGAAAGUAGGCUGCAAGGCUUUUUGGAAGCAAAGGCACUAGCUCUGGCUCAGGCGGAUAGGCUGAUGGCUCAAUAUCGAUGUCAGAGAGCCCAGGCUGAGUCUGAGGCAAGAACUCUUGCUGCAAUGUUGAAGGAUGCAGAACGAAAAAAUGAAGAACUUAAUGAUUUGCUGAAAGCUCAGCAAGUAGAAUCUGAAAAAGCACAGACUGAUAUUGAACAGCUCUUUCAGCACAACAGGAAAUUACAAACAGUUGCUGAAGAACAUGAAAUACUGAAAAAAUCCUCUGUUGAUCUUCUUCAAAGGUAUGAAACAACUGAAAGACAAUAUAAAGAUCUACAAAAUACAUGUGAUUCACUAAAUAAACAAAUGGAAGCAAUGAAGAAACUAAAUGAAUCACUCAAGCAGCAGAACGACAGGACUGCUGCACAGUUGAUGGAAACCGAAGAUCACAGAAAAGAAUUACAGCAACAGCUACAGGAGAGAGAUGGCAAAAUAGCAACCUUGCAACAGAAAAUAAAAGUUCUGGAAGAAAAACUGAAAAUGCAACAGAAAGAAAAAUCAGAUAUGGAACAAACUGUAGAUAUUCUUAGAAAGGAAUUAAGUAAAACGGAACAAGCAAGGAAAGAACUGAGUAUCAAGGCAUCUUCUCUGGAAGUUCAAAAAUCCCAGUUGGAAGGACGCUUGGAAGAAAAAGAAGCACUUGUAAAACUACAGAAGGAAGAAUUGAACAAACACUCCAAUAUGAUUGCAAUGAUUCACAGUCUAAGUGGUGGCAAGUUAAGUGCAGAAACAGUGAACCUCACUUUGUAG